GUUGCGGAAGAUGCUGAAAUCAAGUUUGAUUUACGCCUUGGAUACCGCAAUCGAGUUGACCCAGAGGGUGUAUGGCACGAACUGGCACAUUCACACGAGGUCCGCCCUUUGAAGUGUACUUUAGAUCCGAAAGCCAAACGGCAUGAAGGCCAUGCACAUACAAUCGACGAUGGAUUCUACUACGAAUGCGAAGUGUUACCUCUUUUUACUCUAGCCAGCUGUCACCAUGAGGAGUACCUACUGAAUCUAAGGAUCCCGGCAAAUGACAAAAUCGGCAUUAUCCAGGACGUGUGGAUGGUGGAAAUUCAUCAAAAUGGCGGUUUCACUAAGCCGUGUUCGCGAAUUAAGUCGGCCACCUACGAUUAUGGAGAAAACAAUUAUGGUCUUGGGCGUUGGGCUGUCGAUUCUUAA